GUUUCUAUUUUAUCUAUAUAGAGCACCAUUGAAAGGCUUAUUUUACAUGAGUUGUUUGCAGUUGCUUUAGAGUUUAUCCUUCUUUCCAUUGUCUGUUGUCUCCCAGAGUACUUUGGAAAGAUGGGAAGUAAGAAUUUGGCCAUUGUUCCUCUGUUUGGAUUUGUAGUUUUGGCCUGCCUAUUACAUUGUGAUGAUGCAAGGAAACUGGGUCCUUUCAUACAAUACAGAUCUUCCUUGGUCUUGCACUUUCAGCCUCAUCUGCAAAACUUCUCUGUACCAAGUUAUUCUGGAGAGGAGAGAAACCCUUCAUAUAUUGAGAAGGAAGAUGUUGUAAAGGAGAAGGAAGAAGAUGGUAAUGAAGAAGAAGAAGAAAGAGAAGGCAUGAAAGAGCCUCACCCUGCAGAUGAACUUUUGCAGACCCACAGAGCAGAUGGAUCCAAGUCUUACAUAUUGGGUGGCUAUUAGAAUUACACCAUAUGCAAAUAUAUACUGAUGAAUCAAUCAGUCUUCUUAUUGUUUAUCAGGCAUUUCUUCAGAGUUUUUCUGUAACUACAAAGAAGCAGAUGAUCAGUUCAAGUUCAGGCAUUUUUUCUGCAGUUUUGUAAGAUUUAGAACAGAUAUCUGUCAGCCACUGGAUUUUUCUGAUCCAUGGUGAUUUCUGAGAUAAUGGGAUGUUUCUGUUAGCCCUGAAAGUUGUAGAUAAAGAUAGGAUGUGAUAAGCAUCUUGUUUUGUGGUUAGAAAGCUAAACUGUUCUAUUAUAUGAUAAUUUAUGAAUUUUGAAUAAACAUAAUUUGACAUA